CCAGGGCAAUCUACCGGAAGCGUCAGGUUCUGUGUACGUUUCCGCGUCUUCCGCGGAGCGGGUGUUCAGGGCAGGCAGCGUUGAACUAGAUGUCGUCCCCGCAGGCCCCAGAAGAUGGGCAGGGCUGUGGCGACCGCGGCGAUCCCCCUAGGGACCUCCGUAGCGUCUUGGUCACGACCGUGCUCAACCUCGAGCCGCUGGACGAGGAUCUCUUCAGAGGAAGGCAUUACUGGGUACCGACCAAGAGGCUGUUUGGCGGUCAGAUCGUGGGCCAGGCACUGGUGGCUGCAGCCAAGUCUGUGAGUGAAGACGUCCACGUGCACUCCCUGCACUGCUACUUUGUUCGGGCAGGGGACCCGAACGUGCCAGUACUGUACCAAGUGGAGCGGACACGAACAGGGUCGAGCUUCUCGGUGCGCUCUGUGAAGGCUGUGCAACAUGGGAAGCCCAUCUUCAUCUGCCAGGCCUCUUUCCAGCAGGCCCAGCCCAGCCCUAUGCAGCACCAGUUCUCCAUGCCCACUGUGCCACCACCAGAAGAGCUGCUUGACUGUGAGACCCUCAUUGACCAGUAUUUAAGGGACCCUAACCUCCAAAAGAGGUACCCAGUGGCGCUCAAUCGAAUUGCUGCUCAGGAGGUCCCCAUUGAGAUCAAGCCAAUAAACCCAUCCCCCCUGAGCCAGCUGCAGAGAAUGGAGCCCAAACAGAUGUUCUGGGUGCGAGCCCGGGGCUAUAUUGGCGAGGGUGACAUGAAGAUGCACUGCUGCGUGGCCGCCUAUAUCUCCGACUAUGCCUUCUUGGGCACUGCAUUGCUGCCUCACCAGUGGCAGCACAAGGUGCACUUCAUGGUCUCAUUGGACCAUUCCAUGUGGUUCCACGCCCCCUUCCGAGCUGACCACUGGAUGCUCUAUGAGUGCGAGAGCCCCUGGGCUGGUGGCUCUCGGGGGCUGGUCCAUGGGCGGCUGUGGCGUCAGGAUGGAGUCCUAGCUGUGACCUGUGCCCAGGAGGGCGUGAUCCGAGUGAAGCCCCAGGUCUCAGAGAGCAAGCUGUAGCCAGAGGUACCAGCUUGGCCUGGGGCUUCAAUAACCUCCCAUCUAUCCCCAUUCCUGAGACAGCAGUUACAGUCCCUUUUGGCUCUCACAUCCAAUAAAGAGACUGAUACCACUGGA